AUGGCGGCCGCGGCGGCCAUUUCUCCCCUCCCUUCUCCUUCCUCCUCGUCGCAGCCCCUCUUCCUCUUCCUCCUCUCCAGGCCGCCGACACCAUCCCGCCUCCGCCACCCGCACCUCAUCCUCCCCGCUCGAUCCCGCCCGCAUCGACCCUCCACCCCCACAUCCACAUCCACCCGCUGCCGCUGCUCCUCCUCCUCCUCCGCCGCCGCCGCGUCCUUCAACGGCUGGGCCGACCUCCCCGCCGACACGGACCUCCCCUUCAGCCUCCCGCAGCAGUCCCUCGCCGCCGCCCCGCUCCUCCUCCUCCUCCCCGUCGCCGCGCUCUCCCUCUCCCGCCUCCCGCCCGUCCCGCUCCUCGCCGCCGUCUUCGCCGCCGGAUUCGCCACCGCCAGGCACCUCGCCCCCGCCCCCGCCCCCUCCUCCAUCCCGCGCCUCGCCGCGCUCCUCGCGGAUCUCGAUGCCCGCCUCCUCUCCCUCAGGGACCACCUCCUGGCCUCGUCCCCCGCCGACGGUGACAACGGCGACAUCGAGGCCGUGGACCGGGCGCACGAUGCGGUCCUGGAGUGCGCGGCAGCCGUGGCCGGCGGCCAGGGCCAGGGCAGCAGCAGCAACGCCGGCGGCGGCGCUCCGGACGACGGGGCGCUGCAGGACGUGGCCAGGGAGGUCGCCGGCUACAUCGGCGGCUGGGCUCGGGUAGCCCUGCGGGAGCUCAGCUUCGCCUCGCCGCGGAAGAAGCCCGCCAAGGCCGUCGCCCCUGAUGCUUCUACGGCCGAUGCCAAGAGUAAUUCAGGCUCUGCUGUAGCCCAGCAAGGGGAUGGGGAAAAGAAGACAGUUGAUUCAGCGGCUGUCGGACGCGCCCGGCCGCUCGACAUGCUACCGUUCGAUGGCAAGGAUGCUGAUGCCAAUGGGUUUGAGGAUGCCGGGUUCAGUUCUGAGAGCAGGCAGGAAGACGACGGCCGGCUGGAGAGGCUGGUGUCCAAGCACAGGUAUGGCCGCGGCAGCAGGGUGCGAAAUGAUGGUCCCUUUCAAGAAGGCGAUAGGGUGAGGAGCGACGGUCGCUUUGAAGAAGGCGGCAGGUUCGCCGCCGCUGAAUCCGCCGAGUCCUCUUUGCUGGAGAGGACGCUCGAGAUCCGGGACAGGUCGUACAGGCUGAAGAUCGAGCGCCGCGACGGCGGUGAGAGCCGAGCGAGUGGAGCACGGGGGACGCCGGCUGAUGAAUUCGUGGGCAGCGCUGCCGCCAGUGUCGAGGAACCACCACUUGCAGAUGAUAAUGAGGGUGGUGGUGCUGCUGGGGGUUCAGAUGGUGAAGAGUUCAGCCGCAACAUCAAUGAGGCUGCCGAGAUCUUGAGGAAGGCGAGGGAGUGCAUGAUGGCCAGGGACGACGAAGAGGCCACGGACGCGUUGCUGUAUAGGUCAGCAAGGCUUCUGUCCACCGCCGUGGCUUUGAGGCCGGCAAGCCUGGUAGCGGUCGGUCAGCUAGGGAACACCUACCUCCUCCAUGGGGAGCUCAAGCUCAAGAUUAGCCGCGAGCUGAGGACGCUGCUGGCCAACAGCGGGGCGUAUCUGAAUGGAGGAGAGCGUGUCUCACUGUCCAGGAAGCUGGACAGAAGAAUCCUUAACAGAGAGAACAUUUCGUCCGCGCUAGUGGGCGUUUGUGAGGAGUGUGAGAGCCUCCUUGUUGAGGCAGGCAGAAGCUAUAGGACGGCUGUGUCAAUUGAUUCGGGCGACGUCAAGGCGCUGUACAAUUGGGGACUGGCGCUUAUCUUUCGUGGACAACUGCUUGCCGACAUCGGACCGGAAGCAGCAGUUGAUGCUGAUCGGGUGUAUUUGGCUGCGAUCGAUAAGUUUGAUGCCAUGUUAUCCAAAAGCAACACUUAUGCUCCAGAAGCUCUCUACAGAUGGGGCAGCGCGCUGCAGCAACGGUCCCAGUUGCGGUCUCGGAACAACAAGGAGAAGAUAAGGCUGCUGGAGCAGGCAAAGAGUCUGUUUGAAGACGUUCUGUACGUUGAGGGUAACAACAAGAUGGUACGGGAAGCGCUGUCGUCGUGCAUAUCAGAGCUUAACUACCAUGGACGAUGGCUACAGUGA